GGGGACAGGGUGUAUGGUUCGGGGUUAGGGUUUAGGGGAUAGGGUAUAUGGUUCGGGGUUUAGGGUUUAGGGUAUAAGGUGAGGGCAAAUAGAACCCGUUGUCAACGCAGCAGUGGCAGUGCCAUCAGGUAGGCUAGCUGCUGAUGUGUUGUAAGUCCAAGAUGGGCUCAUCAAGAGCGAUGAUGGGGCAAGCAGCCAAGUCAUAUAAGGUUCAGGAGGAUAAGCUGGAGGAGGCAGAGGAGGCAGAGGAGGAGGAGGAUGAUGAUGAUGAUGAUGAGGAGGAGGAGGAGGAGGAGGAGGAGGAGGAGGAGGAGGAUAGAAAUAGGAAGGAAAAGGAGGAAAAGGAGGAAAAGGAGGAGGAGGUGAAGAAAGAGCAGGAGCAGGAGGGGGAUAGGCAGGAUAAGCUGGAGGAGGCAGAGGAGGGAGAGGAGGGAGAGGAGGGAGAGGAGGCAGAGGAAGCAGAGGAGGAGGAGGAGGAGGGGGGGGAGGAGGAGGAGGCGGAGGAGGAGGAGGCAGACGAGGCAGAGGAAGCAGAGGAGGAGGAGGAGGAGGAGGAGGAGGAGGAGGAUCACAAUGAUCAGGAGAGGGGGCAGAGGAGGGGGCACAGGCGGCAGAGAGGGAGAGGGAGCCGAGGAGGGGACACAGGCGGCAGAGAGGGAGGAGGAGGAGGAGGAGGAUAGAGAGAGGAAGGAAAAGGAGGAAAAGGAGGAAAAGGAGGAAAAGGAGGAAAGGAGGAGGAGGUGAAGAAAGAGCAGGUGCA